GAGACGGGCAGGAGAAGCGGAAGGUCAAAGUGCAUCUUCCCUCAUUCUGAAGAGACUCGUUCUCGGGGAAGAUGGCGAACGUUCUGCUGGAGUUCAAGGCGUCUGCCGCGGACUCAGAGCCGCAGAACCGACCGGUCCUCAUCGUCGGCCAGCUCGCUUACCUGCAACAGAUCAACUGGACCCAGGUGAAAGGAAAACUGCAGCCGGUGGUCACCAAAGAGAUAUGGCAGGCAGCAUUGGCCUCUCUGAAUCCCAACCCUACAGAUAGCUGUCCGCUGUAUUUGAGUUUUGCAGCCGUGGGGGCUCUUCCUUCACGAGUCAGUCGUCACAACAGCCCAUCAUCUGCACACUUCCUCACCCGCCUCGUCCGAACCUGCCUGCCCGCCGGCAACAACCGAUGCAUUGUGAUGGUGUGUGAGCGCUCUGAUGUGUUUGCAUCAGCAUGUGCCAUUGCCCGAGCUUUCCCGCUAUUCACCCGCCGUUCAGCUUCUUCUCGCAGGACAGAGAAGAAGCACGUCACUGUGGAAUUUGUGACUGUGGGUCAGGACAACGGCCCACUUGAGGUCUCCACACUAGAGUGUCUUGCCAGCGCAGCGGAUGGAGUUCGUCUGGCUGCUCGAAUUGUGGACACUCCAUGCAGUGAAAUGAAUACUGAUGACUUCCUGGAGGAAAUAAAGGCAGUGGGGAAUGAAUUAAGUAUCACUCCAACUAUAAUUCGAGGAGAGGAACUGAAACAAAAGGGUUUUGGAGGUAUCUAUGGAGUUGGUAAAGCUGCCCAGCAUCCUCCUGCAUUGGCUGUGCUCAGCCACACUCCCUCAGGAGCUACACAGACCAUCGCCUGGGUGGGCAAAGGCAUUGUGUAUGACACCGGUGGUCUCAGCAUCAAGGGCAAAACCACAAUGCCAGGAAUGAAGAGAGACUGUGGAGGAGCCGCAGCCAUUUUAGGAGCUUUUAAAGCUGCUGUUAAACAGGGCUUUAAGGACAAUCUUCAUGCAGUUUUCUGCCUGGCUGAGAACUCCGUGGGACCUACAGCCACUCGACCAGAUGAUAUACACACUCUCUACUCUGGAAAAACUGUGGAGAUAAACAACACGGAUGCUGAAGGGAGGCUGGUGCUCUCUGAUGGUGUUGUAUAUGCGAACAAAGAUCUCUCUGCAGACAUCAUACUGGACAUGGCCACGCUGACCGGUGCUCAGGGAAUCUCCACGGGGAAGUAUCACGCUGCGGUGAUGACCAACAGUGAGCAGUGGGAAGCCGCUUGUGUGAGAGCGGGCCGCAGCAGUGGAGACCUGGCACAUCCUCUGGUCUACUGCCCUGAGCUUCACUUCAGUGAAUUCACCUCCGCUGUGGCUGACAUGAAGAACUCUGUGGCGGACCGUGAGAAUGCACAGAGCUCCUGUGCUGGCCUCUUCAUUGGCUCUCAUCUGGGUUUUGAUUGGCCAGGCAUUUGGGUACAUGUGGACAUCGCUUCACCAGUCCACGCUGGGGAGCGAGCCACUGGUUUCGGUGUGGCUAUGCUCUUGGCUCUGUUCGGCCAGGCAUCUGAGGAUGCUUUGCUCAACUCUGUGUCCCCUUUGGGUGCCGCCACAGCCAAAACUGCCUCUGAAGACCAGAUGGAGAGAGACUGCAAGAGGAGAAGGCUUGUCUAAGAUGAUUUCCAACUGUUCUUGAUCUUCAAAACUAUUAAAUAUCAGUCACGCCUUGUA